GGGAGAGGACUGCGGAGCCAAACUCGCCGGGGACGCCGGGCGCUGGCUAGCUGGCUGGCGGGCUCGUCGCUCUCUCGGGCCGGUUCCCUGCGCCCCUCCCGGGACUGCCUGGGGAUCCAGGCCCGAUUGGGCGCGGCAGCUAGUGGAGCCAGAGGGAAGCGCGCGCUCUGAGCAGCGCGGGGGACCUUGGGCAUGGACAGAGAGAGCAGGGCGCGCAGGGGGCGCCGCGGGACCGGGCGGCCGGAGCGCUGAGCCAGACAAAGGCUCUGGAGUUGUGCUUGCUCUCGGCGGCCGGGGCCAGGGCGCACCGCGCCGACGCUGCGAGACUCUGCGGCGUGCAGCUCGGCCGGUCCCCUUUUCCAGCGGGCGAGUCCCCGCGUGCCCCGACCUGCCCUGCCCGCUUCUCACCCGGUUUGGGAAUUUGCAGAGGGGACCUGAGCUGCUCCCGCAAGCACUGGGAACCCGAGGUCCGCCGCGCGCCCGCGGGGCCGGGAGCCAGGGAGCGUCGCAAGUUUCCCAGCCGCGUGCGAGGACGCGGUGCCGGCCAGCGAGCUAGCCCUGCGUGCAGCGCUCGGGACCCGGCUGGCUGCCUAAGAGCAUGGGCAGCGACCGGAGCGCACUCGGACGGCCAGGCUGCGCUGGCAGCUGCUUCAGCAGCCGAGCUUCGCUGCUCCCGCUGCUACUGGUGGUGCUUCUGGACUGUCUGGGCCACGGUACAGCGUCUGAAGACGCCGAAGUGUACGCCGCUGAGAACUGGCUUCGGCUCUAUGGCUACCUACCCCAGCCAAGCCGCCACAUGUCCACCAUGCGCUCUGCCCAGAUCCUUGCUUCUGCCCUAGCCGAGAUGCAGAGUUUCUAUGGGAUCCCUGUCACGGGUGUGCUUGAUGAAGAGACAAAAACGUGGAUGAAGCGGCCUCGGUGUGGGGUUCCUGAUCAGUUUGGGGUACGUGUGAAAGCCAACCUGCGUAGACGGCGGAAGCGUUACACUCUGACAGGAAAGACAUGGAACAACUACCACCUGACCUUCAGCAUCCAGAACUACACCGAGAAGCUGGGCUGGUACAACUCCAUGGAGGCAGUGCGCAGGGCUUUCCAAGUGUGGGAGCAGGUCACACCCUUGGUCUUCCAGGAAGUACCCUAUGACGACAUUCGGCUGCGAAGGCGAGCAGAGGCUGACAUCAUGGUACUCUUUGCCUCUGGCUUCCAUGGCGACAGCUCACCGUUUGAUGGCGUGGGUGGCUUUCUGGCCCACGCUUAUUUCCCCGGCCCUGGUCUGGGUGGGGACACCCAUUUCGACGCAGAUGAACCCUGGACCUUCUCCAGCACUGACCUGCAUGGAAUCAGCCUCUUUCUGGUGGCCGUGCAUGAGCUGGGCCAUGCACUGGGGCUGGAACACUCAAGCAACCCCAGCGCUAUCAUGGCACCCUUCUACCAGUGGAUGGACACUGACAACUUCCAGCUGCCCGACGAUGACCUUCGGGGCAUCCAGCAGCUGUAUGGCUCCCCAGAUGGUAAGCCACAGCCCACCCAGCCUCUCCCUACUGUGAGGCCCCGGCGGCCAGGACGGCCAGACCACCAGCCACCUCGGCCUCCCCAGCCACCACAUCCAGGUGGGAAGCCAGAGAGGCCCCCCAAACCAGGGCCCCCACCCCAGCCCCGAGCCACAGAGAGGCCUGACCAGUAUGGCCCCAACAUCUGCGAUGGCAACUUCGACACAGUGGCUGUGCUCCGUGGAGAGAUGUUUGUGUUCAAGGGCCGCUGGUUCUGGCGAGUCCGGCACAACCGUGUUCUGGACAACUACCCCAUGCCAAUUGGCCACUUCUGGCGCGGUCUGCCCGGGAACAUCAGUGCUGCCUAUGAGCGUCAGGAUGGACAUUUCGUCUUUUUCAAAGGUAACCGCUACUGGCUUUUCAGAGAAGCCAAUCUGGAGCCAGGCUACCCACAGCCGCUGAGCAGCUAUGGUACAGACAUCCCCUAUGACCGAAUCGACACAGCUAUCUGGUGGGAGCCCACGGGUCACACCUUCUUCUUUCAAGCAGACAGGUACUGGCGCUUCAACGAGGAAACACAACAUGGAGACCCUGGCUACCCCAAGCCCAUCAGUGUCUGGCAGGGCAUCCCCGCCUCUCCCAAAGGGGCCUUCCUCAGCAACGAUGCAGCCUACACCUACUUCUACAAGGGCACCAAGUACUGGAAAUUCAACAACGAGCGCCUACGGAUGGAACCUGGCCAUCCCAAAUCCAUCCUGCGGGACUUUAUGGGCUGCCAGGAGCACGUGGAGCCCCGAUCGCGAUGGCCCGAUGUGGCUCGUCCACCCUUCAACCCCAACGGGGGUGCAGAGCCCGAGGCAGAUGGUGACAGCAAGGAAGAGGAUGCGGGUGACAAGGAUGAGGGCAGCCGUGUGGUGGUGCAGAUGGAGGAGGUGGUUCGGACAGUGAACGUGGUGAUGGUGUUGGUCCCCUUGCUGCUGUUGCUCUGCGUACUGGGCCUGGCCUUUGCUCUGGUGCAGAUGCAGCGCAAGGGCGCACCCCGAAUGCUGCUCUACUGCAAGCGCUCACUGCAGGAAUGGGUCUGAUCACGUGGCAGCCCGCAGCACCCAGUGCUCAGGUCUGCAGGGGCAGGCACGUGGAUCCCACCCCAUGCUCCUUCGGUAGCGGGAUGCUCUUAGCCACACACAUCCCCUGCCAGUGUAGCCCCUGCCCUCCUUUAUUUAUGCCCAGGUGUCUCUUCUCUUUGGCACCCUCUCUCAGCCUUUGUUUCUGCUUUCCUGACUCGUGCCAGGAGAUGCUUAGAGAUCUCUGAGUGUACGGCUCCAGGCAGGAACGAAGGGACAGAGGCUCACACCUCUGGAAGUUGGCAGAGGGCUGGGAAGCUUCUUCAGUGCUGGCUCUUCAGCCUGAAUCUCUCUCCUGCCGUGACUAGAGCUAUGUUUGCCUUGAAGGAGCCCAGCUGGGGCUCUACCCUCCUGAAUUUGCCUUAGGGAGAGUCUAUGGCCCAGGGGCCACCCUGAUAACCUUGAGACUUAGUUUCUCCUUCUUAGGCUACUAAGAAGCCCAGAAGCCUGAAAGCCCUCCCCCAUCCUGGCAUCCAGCAGCUCCCACUCACCGCUGGGUCUGCAGCUUCUUUCCUCUAGGAAGGGGCCCUGGACCUGUCUCACCAAGGACCAAAGGGAGCCUGCUAAGCUCUGCCAACCGAUGCUAGUGACUAGCUCCUCCUUCCCUAAGCUGCCCACAUUCUCCUUCAUUACCCAUAGAUCUCAGGAGACUGGGCACUCCCCCCACCCUCUGGCUUCUGCUGUCCUUGUCCCCACCUUUGGAGACAUGGGGCAGGCAGCACACACUAGGGUACCAGAGGUCCCCGGGCAGUGCCUGAUAAUAUGGAUGCCCAGGAGGUCACAGACCAGGCUUAACAAUGGCUUCCUCCCUUCCAGCUUCCUGUCCCCACACAACACUACUAGGCUCAGGCCAGCAGCUCACCCCCACAGAGUCUGUGGAACCCCCAAAGGAAUCCACUAAGGCCUGGGAAGUCUGUCCUAAGGGUGAAAGGGGAGCCUCCUUUCCUCUUUUCAUCCUGGAGUCAGCAGGGGGCUUCUGUGGGAAAUGGUACUGUACAGCUGGCUCUGUCUCCUCUGCCUCCCUAAAGCUUUGAGCAGUAAAAGGCAGCCACCCAGGAUCCUCUGGGUCACCACCUCUUUCCAAGUGGUGGAUUCUUAUAGCCUGGCACUAGAGGUGACAGACGGGAGGGGUGUAUCCAGGAGCACUCUAGAUAUCACCUCUGCAGAACCUGAGAGCCAGCAAAGGGUGGGGCAUCCACCCCUAUCCUUUAGUUCUGUAAAUAAUCUGCACUGAUUAAAUGUACAGCCAACAAGUGUGGCUGCUUUUGUAUGUCUAGACUCUAGCAUAUCGCAAGGAAGACAUGCUUGGCAGGGUCGGGGCCAAGCUGGGAUGCUGAGGAAUACCCUACUCCCAGUUUGGUAGGACCGUUGGGAUGGAGUCCAGGAGGGUCAGGGAAGAGUGUAGGGGGAACAGUAGAGGGGCUGGCUGGGCUGAGGCCCAGAACCAGGUUUAUUUGGCAUUUGGUCGUGAUAAGAGGACAGCCCAGCUUCCCAAAUUACUCCACAUCUGGAGGGAUGGGAAGAACCAGACAAGGCCAUCCAAUCGUCCCACCCACCUGGACUGGAUUUUGGGCAGCCUGAGGGGUGGUUUGUACAAGAACUCAGGGAUGGCCCUGGAGAGAGUUGGGUAGUGGGGCCACUUUGCUUCCAGAAUCUUCCCUCCAUGUUCAGAGAAUAAAAUGCACUAGAACCUGC